AUGCUCUAUUAUAUUUCCACGUUGCCGUCCGCAGCCUCGUUUUAUGUCCCAAACUUACCAGGCUUGCACCAGGACAGCGAACAUCCACUUCAUGUUUACGCCGGUCACAUCCUGUCCGACCCUAAUGCAGCUGCGGCGGCAAACACGGAUGUUUUGGCACAUCUCUUCUUCGUCAUGGUAAAAGCCAGACGAGCGUCUGACAAGGAGAGAUUAAUGUUCUGGUUCAAUGGAGGCCCGGGAUGUUCUUCGUUUGACGGACUAAUGAUGGAGGUCGGACCUUGGAAAGUAGACGGCGAGGGCGGUCUAAUCACAGCAGACGGUGGUUGGGAAGAAUACACGACUAUGGUUUACAUCGAUCAACCCGCAGGUACAGGGUUAUCAUAUACCAGUACAGAUCACUAUAUACAUACCCUCUCAGAAGCUUCUGAGCAUAUCUUAGAAUUUCUCAGGACAUUUUAUAAAAUCUUCCCCGAAUAUCAAAGCGUAGACACAUAUCUGGGUGGCGAAAGUUACGCUGGGCAAUAUAUACCGUACUUCGCAAAUGCUAUCCUGGCCUCCAGUAUACAAGUGCCAUUACGGGGUAUUGCCAUAGGCAAUGGAUGGAUCGAUGCGCGCAGCCAGUAUCCCGCUUAUUUGGAUUACGCGGUUAAACAUGGUCUUGUUGAAGACAAUUCAGAGCAAUAUAGAAAGGGAAAACAGACUACAGACGAAUGUAUGGCCGAAUUCAACAGUAUUACAGGACCAGAGCCUAUCCAUGUUGGAAUCUGUGAAGGUCUCGCACUGUCGAUACCUUCGAACAACCAAAAAAUAGUAGAUGGAAAACUCACAUGUACGAAUGUAUAUGACGUGCGGCUUCAAGAUACCUUCCCCGCUUGUGGUAUGAACUGGCCUCCCGAGCUCAAGAAUGUUACCUCUUAUCUUGCUCGUAAAGAUGUUAUCAAUGCUUUACAUGCAAGCGCCAAAUCUACAAGCUGGGUCGAAUGUUUCGGACGAGUUUCCCAAGAACUAAGAGAUCAGUUGUCUCCAUCCGCGAUCACCCUCCUUCCCAACGUACUUGAGAAGAUCCCAGUAUUAUUGUUUGCAGGAGACCAGGAUUUCAUUUGCAACUAUAUGGGUAUCGAGAGUAUGAUAAAAACCAUGAACUGGAAUGGCGAAACUGGCUUGGGAGUUGUGAAAACUCAGUCAUGGUCAGUUGAAGGUAGUCCUGCAGGAACUUGGGUAUCAUCGAGAAAUCUGACGUAUGUCAAAAUCUUCAAUGCAUCCCACAUGGCACCGUACGACGUUCCCAAUGUAGCACACGACAUGAUCCUUCGAUUUAUGGGUAUGAACUUUUCAGCGAUUGUGGACGGUUCAGCGCAUAUUCCGAGUACAGUGGGUGAGGAUGUCAAGCCAGUUUUCAACGCUGACCUGCCAGUACCGACAACACCUACUGGCAAGACUCCUGAGCAAAACCAGGCUAUGUGGGAAGCCUACUACAAUGCUGGUUCCAUAGCACUCAUUGUGGUCAUCAUCGCGUGUGCUGUCGCAUUGUGUCUCUGGUGCCGUUUGCGGCGUCGACACAUACAACUACCGAAGAGAAACCUGAACGCGGAAGAAAACAUUCCUCUAAAUAGCACGUCGGAGGCGUACGACUUUGAAGACCGAGAAUCACAAAGGAAGCGGAAGGGGAAACAAAGGGCCGACGAGAGUGAACCUUCCUCUCCAAUUUUUGAUGUGGGGGAUGAUGAAGAUGAUUCUCGCAGUGAGGAUGAGCGUAGACAAUGA